CUCCAGGCCGCGUGUGCGCCGGCCCACGCUCGGUGCGUCCCCGGGGAGGCAUUGUUCCGCCGGCGGCCUUUCUGGCCUGCGGUUUGGAGCUUGGCGCGUGGAGCGGCGUUGGCCGGACCCCUAUUGCCGCCCAGGUCAGCUCGGCUCCAGGCGCCAUGGCUUCUCGCGGGAGGAAGCGGAAGGCCGAGGCGGCGGGGGUCGCGGCGGCGGAGAAACGGGAGAAGCCGGCGAGCGGCAGGAAGGCCGUGGAGGAGGCGACCGUCGUGAUCGAGCAUUGCACGAGCUGACGCGUCUACGGGCGCAACGCCGCGGCCCUGAGCCAGGCGCUGCGCCUGGAGACCCCGGAGCUCCCGGUGGAGGUGAAUCCGGCCAAGCCCCGGAGGGGCAGCUUCGAGGUGACGCUGCUGCGCCCGGACGGCAGCUGUGUGGAGCUUUGGACUGGGAUUAAGAAGGGGCCCCCACGCAAACUCAAGUUCCCUGAGCCUCAAGAGGUGGUGAAGGCGCUGAAGCAGCACCUUUCGUAGGGUGUUUGGGCAGAAGUCCUCGUGCUGAGCAUAUCCCUGGUGAUGUUGGAGCAUUUAUGACGGAACAUGGCCAAACUUCAGUCAUGUACCUGAAGCCAUGGUUUCUUCCCUCCAGAGAUGAUGGUUCAUUUGUGAGGCAGCCCUCUAGUAAGGCAAUGAAAAGUUCUUGGUUUGUUUAAUAAAAGCUGAAAUAAAGUAUUUGAAUAAUAAAACUUAA